CUGGCUGGCUCAGGUUUAGGUUCGCAGAGGUCUGUUGGACCUAAGGCCGUGUUGCAACCUGGCUUCCCGGGAUGUCUGUGGCCUUCGUACCGGACUGGCUGAGAGGCAAGGCGGAAGUCAAUCAGGAGACGAUCCAGCGGCUCCUGGAGGAGAAUGAUCAGCUGAUCCGCUGUAUCAUGGAAUGUCAGAAUAAAGGCCGGGCAAAUGAGUGCGUCCAGUACCAGCAUGUGUUACACAGAAAUCUCAUUUAUUUGGCCACCAUCGCAGAUGCCAAUCCAACAGGUGCUUCAAAAGCAAUGGAAUAAUCUUCCAGUUGGUUGGCUAUUGUGUGUUUGGACAACAAAGACAUGGGCAUCUUCAAGUCUGCCUUUUUAGUUUCAACCUGAAGAGGAAACUGAGCAGGUGUUGGGCAAUCAGCAGGAACUGGCAAGACUCUGGACUGAAACCCUGCCAAAUGGACGUGUAACUGUGUGCUCCCUCCUACCAGUUUGUGGUUGUGGACCCCCGACUGCUCUUUUCAGGUUACUUUGAAAUAAAGCUUUCCUAUCCACAGAA